AUGGAUGCUAGGCUCGCUCAGUACACGUCGCUCGGCCAGAAAGACAAGGCGCCGGCGUAUCUGUCUCUGCUUCAGGAGGUGCUUACGCGCGACGACCAGUCUACUGUUGCGGCCGAUGUCCACACGCUCGUCGACCAUGUCGUGAACAGUGACGCCGUCGGCCCUGUCGUGGGCAGACAGGUCUUGUCUGAAUUGGCGAAGGCUCUCGGAGGGGGCGUCAUCAAGGCCUCUGCGACUCGGAAGCAAAUUGUGGAAGACACGCUUGCGAUAGUGCAACCAAGGCUGGUCAGUUACGAGGAGCAGGUAAACGUAUUACGGUUCCAACUCGCGGACCUCUUGGAGGAGGAGGAAGAAUGGAGCGACGCAGCACGGGUGCUUAUGGGGAUAUCACUAGAGUCCAGUCAGAGAUCGGUGUCUGAUGAGGAGAAGUUACGGGUGUAUAUCCGCAUCGUUCGAUUAUUGCUCGAGGAUGAAGACUCCGUACAAGCAGAAACGUACUAUAACCGUGCUGCUCUCCUCGCGCACAGCGCAACCGACAAAGAGACCCAGCUAGCGUUCAAAUUGUGCCAAGCAAGGAUUAUGGACUAUAGCCGGAGGUUCCUGGAGGCUGCGCAACGAUACCACGAGCUCAGCUGGGUAGCAGAUAUCGAUGAAGAAGAGCGCAGGCAUAUGCUAUCCGCUGCAGUGACAUGUGCCGUCCUCGCGCCAGCAGGCCCAAACCGAUCCCGCGUCCUUGCCUCUCUGUGCCGCGACGAGCGCACCGCCGAGCUUCCCACCCACAACAUCCUGUCGAAGAUGUUCCUCGACCGCAUCCUGCGCCCGGCCGAAGUUCACGAAUUCGAGGGCACCCUCAAGACCCACCAGCUUGCCAAGAUCAGCAUAUCCUCAAACGACCGCCUCGCGUCUACCGCAGAUGCUGACGAAGACGAUUCAUCCUCGAGAGAGCCAAGCGCCAGCAAGCGCACAGGACCCUCUACCGUCCUCGACCGAGCCGUUCUGGAACACAACCUUCUCGCCAGCUCCAAGAUCUACAACAACAUCACUUUCCGCGGUCUCGGAGCUCUGUUAGACCUCACACCUGGUGCAGCGGAAACCAUGGCCCGGAAGAUGAUCGAGCAGGGCCGCCUCAAGGGCUACAUUGAUCAGGUAGACAGAUUGAUAUGGUUCGAAACCGGAAGUGAGGACGAAGAAGCUCAGAACAAGGCUGGAGGUCUAGGAGACGUGGAGCAGGAGACCGAGGAUCCUGGGGCGCCUUUCACAAAGCGAUGGGACAUGCAGAUCCGCCAGACUGCAGCAGAGGUGGAAUCAAUUGUACAACACCUUUCGAACAAGAAUCUAUUAGCCACAGUAUCAGCAUGA